UUUGGCAUCACUGCCGCGAAGGUAAACCCACUCGCUGCGCGGUCUUCAUUUCACAAAUGAAAAAAUUAGCCAUUUUGUCAAAGAAGUACGCAGUGGAAGUGCGAUGUGUGUAUCAAUAAAAUAACAAUUCUAUGGAAAUUGAAUAUCGAUUAAUUGGUUGAAAAUCGUUUGGUGAAAGCUCAGUGAAUGCUAGCAGAACAGAAUUUGGCGAAGAAAACCUCAAGGGCGGGGUUAAUUAGUGGUAUUUGUGAAUACGAAAUCAAAAUCAGUAGAGGUUGUCUGCGGAAGGACUUGGCCACCAGAGAAAAAUUGCCGUCGGCCAAAAAGAUUCAUAGAAGUGGCCUUAGAUCAAUGGAUCAAACAGAUUAAUACGCUCAAAAUUAGUUGGCUGGAUUGCACAUAGUGUCGUUUUACGGGCAUUGCAGUAAUAUUGAAUCGUUCUGUUCUAGGCGUGAAAAUGCGUGAAAACUCUGACGACGUCAGCCCUCAGGUCUGGAAGGAGUGGAUUCUUGAAGCAAUACGACGGAUUCGUUGCCAAAAGCAGCGUCCUAGUGUUCAGAGGAUAUGUCAAGCAAUCGGUAGUCAUCACAAAUUCCAUGAGGACAUUGUAGCAGAAAAACUCGAGGAAGCCGUGGAAGCAGGAGCAGUACUGAAAGUUUAUAACAAAGGACUGCAUUCGUACAAGGCUCCCACAAACACACAAAGACGUGUGGUGUUGGUCACGAAUGACAGUGACUUGUCGAGACUAGUGGUGAAGGCCGUGCGAGAUCUUGGAGAGUGUGACGGAUCUAGUUUGAAGUCCAUCGAAAAUUAUGUUCAACAGACUAAUAAUUUGAAUAUUAGUAGCGGAACGGAUUUUGGCUUGGUAAUCAAAAAUUCAGUCAGGACCGCAUCGGAGGAAGGAAGCCUACUUCAUGAAGCUAAACUGUACAAACUUGGAAGCCUAGAUAAACCGUUGCUUAAACGAAAGUCUUUAUCACCUAAGAAAAAAGAGAGAAUGUUGAGUGAAGCUUCGACAAAGAAAACCUUAAACAUAGUUUGCGUCGAGUGCCUCGGCACGGAAGCUAAAGGUCCAUCUGGAUUGCCGGAACCUUUGAGUUCAUGCAACGGUUGUGGUAUGUCACUGCAUAAUAAAUGUGCUAACGGAGAUGACACUACGGUACCUUUGGCUGCAUUAGUGAAGAAAGGCAAUAAGUGGUACUGUGAAGAAUGCAAAUCAUGCGAUAGUUGUUCCACACAGAACGAAAAAGGGCCAUGCGUCCUUAGUUGUAACUAUUGUCUGAAGAACUUUCAUUUCACAUGUAUGGACCCAGUAAUCGUAGACCCUAAUAAACUGAAAUCAGUUUGGAGUUGUUCUUCUUGCAUGACACUGUACAGUCAGAAAAUCAAAUCGGAAAUGGAAAGCACACCACAGUCAAAGAAGCGACAUGAAACAGAUAAGGAAGAGAAGAAGAAAAAGAGAUCUGUUCUGGACAACCAAUCGUUGCAUGAGACGCCAUCGAUGCCAAAACAUAUGGCAUCGCCUAUGCCAGGAAGCUCUUGUGCUUCAGUGAAAACACCAAAAGCGUGCUCUUCGUCUAAAAUUAACAAUCCACGUCGUAUCAAGCAGCAGCAGUCCCAGCUAUCGCCGCCAGAACCUGUGGAACGGAUCGAGGAAUUGCCCGGUAAACAUUUCAAUAAAUUUACUUCUACUAUUGUACCAAACCCGAUGAUGAUGACGGCGAUGUCCAGAACUACUGGUAACAAUGACAACAAUUUGUUUUUAAACCAACCAACAAGCUUGUUUUUUCGUAAGCAGACAGUUUUACCACUGUCGGCAUCAAACAAGCACCAUUUGUUGAACAACUCCGAUCGUGUGUCAUGCGAAAAGCAGUCAAAAUCUCGUUUUUCUGCUUUAAACAGUAAGAAAGCAAAACCAAAACCAAGGUCUGAAAACGAAAGAAUGCAAAGUGAUACACAUUUUUCGAAACAACUGAAUGAAUCAUUCCAGUACACUGACACCAGCAGUGCGAGCGAUGAAGAUGCUGAAAAAACAUUCAAAUACAGACGCAACCGGGGAGAAAAAUCGACGAAUGUCUAUGACGGAAACUGCCGUGCCGUUCAUUUGUCUGAAUCAUCAUCUGAAUCGACUAGCAGUAAUAACGAAUUACACAACUAUACGACAAGUGACAGUUGUAGCUCGAGUUCAGAUAGCUCUAAUGAUUCUGAGGAAAGUGGAAGCUCGGAUGCUGAGAAACCAACGAAAAUAAAAAGUUCUAGCAAUUAUGAUACCAGUCAAAACUUUUGGCCUGGCAUUAACAGUCAGCUUGGUUCGUUAUCUGUCAGGGUAGCUCCACGUCUUGGCGUUGAUAGCCAAAAAUGCUCCAUGCCAUUUGUGGGCAGUAUACUAACUACUAAUGAAUCGUGGGGCUUUGCCGCCGAGGCUAAGAAAAAUAUUGACAUUUUUAGUCACACAUCUAAAACUCCAAUGACAAAAAGUGAUAACAAAACAUCAGCUGUAACAUACAAGAAGAUUGAUCAAUCCACAAAGCAAAAUAAAGAUAAGUUCAAGACAAAUGAAAAUUCAAGGCAUUACUUUUCCCCAAACAACAAUUUGUCUGACAAGAAAAAUAGCUUACAAAGCACUUCGACAAACGACCCUAGGUCAAAUAAAAAAAUGCUUACAGAUUCUAAAAGUACCUGCGGGAGCAAUGAUCAGCGCCACCCGAUGAAACGGAAACAAAUAGAGCACAUUGCUAAGCAUGACAAUAAGAGAGAUUCGGGAACCUGCAGUAAGAGUACUAUUCUAAGUCGGUGCUUUUCUUCCUUGAGGCACAAUCAGCAAGUGUCUAAAGAAAACUACAACCUUUUUAUGAGCUCGAUCGGAGAAGAAGGAAUGCCUGAAAAAUUGUCUCCCAGUAAAUUGGUGAAAAAGGCCAUCAAUGAGAAGCACUUUGAACAGCACCACAAAUCUCACCUGACCAACAACGAUCCACAGAUCAUAAAAAUGUACAACACUACGAAAGCACUCAGUUGUUCUAGUCUCUCUGGUAGUAGUAGUAGUAAUGUUAUUGUAUCUAUACCAACAGUUGGUUGUAAUUCCGUCGCAUCCAAGAAUAGUGAAUACAAUGCUGUCCCGGCUGGAAAAGCUAAUGCAUCUGGCACAUUACACCAUCUGCCGCCACACAGCAUAUCUCCCUCUAGAAUGGAACAACCUCCGUUGCCCAACGGAGUAACACAAAAGGAUGCGGAUUUGUAUAAACAAGUGCGCAACCAGGCUGCCAACUCUCUCGCAGAGAUGAUGCGACUCGAUGCCAAAGCAUUUACGAAGGAGGUCACCCCUGAGCCCACAACCCCUUCAAAGAGAGCCAUCGCCGCUGCCGCAUUACAAUCACCUUCCAAGUUUAUGGCCGCUCAAGAAAGAUGUCCUGCUGCGAUAGAAUUUGGAAAAUAUGAAAUCCAAACUUGGUACUCCAGUCCGUUUCCUCAGGAAUAUGCCAGAUUACCAAAGCUGUUUCUUUGCGAGUUUUGCUUGAAGUACACCAAAAGCAAGGCUGUGCUGCAGCGACAUCAAGACAAAUGUUCAUGGCGUCAUCCACCAGGAACUGAAAUCUACCGAUGCAACGACAUUUCCAUCUUUGAAGUGGACGGCAACUCCAACAAAAUAUAUUGCCAGAACCUGUGUUUGCUAGCGAAGCUGUUUUUAGAUCAUAAGACAUUGUACUAUGAUGUAGAGCCUUUUCUGUUCUACGUUCUUACCAAGUAUGACCGCAAAGGAUACCAUCUAGUAGGAUAUUUCUCGAAAGAGAAACAUUGUCAGCAAAAGUACAACGUAUCAUGUAUAAUGACAAUGCCACAAUAUCAACGACAAGGCUUUGGUCGAUUUUUGAUUGAUUUCAGUUAUUUGUUAAGUCGUGAAGAGGGUCAACCCGGUACCCCUGAAAAACCUCUCUCUGAUUUAGGUCGUGUGUCGUAUCACGCGUACUGGCGAUCGGUAGUGUUAGAUUAUUUGUAUCACAACAGAAAUCGAUCCAUCUCUCUGAGAACCAUUUCACUCGAAACAGGUAUUGUGAUUGCAGAUGUAGCGUUAGCUUUUCAGCUGUUGAAUUUCAUUAAGUACAUAAAGGUAAUGAAAGGUGCAUUCAAAUUAUAUCAACCUGUAAUUUGCGUAGAUUGGAAUGUUGUUGAGAUGCACUAUCAACGGAGUUUACAAUCAAAAACAAGGCGUACUAUAGACAAUGAAUGCCUACGGUGGACACCGCUGUUGUCAAACGUCCCGUUUUUUAUAGAUAACGACACUAUACCCGACAUCUCGCCGUUGGUGGAUAAAAGAUUGAAACAGGAAAAAGGCGAUGAAGUUGUUAAAACCCCUGAAUCAGACAGUGGAAAGCAUCCAAUUUCAGUUGUAGCUGCUUUACAAAGCGAUGUUUGUGAAGAGUUCAGGGGAGUGAAAAAACGAGGCAAACGAUAUUCAUCAAUCAAGUCGCCGAAAUUACCGAAGAAGCCUGCACCCGAGCAACAAGCGGUAAUUCCAGAUCCUCCUCCAGUUGUGGAGAGCAAAAUAGAGAAACCAUCGGCAAAUGUGUUGGAAGCAACAUCAUCCGGUCGUAAGCGAGUACGUCCAAACAAAUUCAACGAAACGACUUAUGAUACUGGCGGAGGAAAACCUGUACCUCCUGAAACUGCGAAUUUAUCUGGAGAACAGAAUUACGGAAAACGUAGGAGAUCGGAGAAUAUCGAAAAUACCGGAAGUGAACCAAAACGAACACGAUUAACAUCUGAAAAUUGUCAUACAUCUUCGGUGGAGCCUGCUAAAUCUACCAUAGCUUCGAGAAGAUCUAAGGACCAGCAUAAAGAAAAUACCAAGGACGAAGAGCCGAAUCCUACGUUUGAUGUUAGAAGAAAGAGGCGUGUGUCAGAACGUCGAAACUCGAAUCAACCUGAAGUGCCGACUAAUGCAAAAGAAGUUUACUUGAACGAUCAAAACAUAACUACUGAUGAUGAAGUGCCUAUACGUGACAUGCAAAAGGAUCGACAAAAGCAUAACCUUUCUCGGACUCCAGAAACGCCCCAGAAGAUAAAAAGGCGAGCUGUGCAGCGAUUUGGUAGUCGCAAUUCCAGCAGAAUAGCGGCAACUUCUACAUGUGCAUCGAGUGCAGAUAGCGAUGGUCAAACCGUCACGUCACCCGUUGCGAAAAAGCAAAUGGUUCUACCUGACGCCCUUCGGGUGAAAACUUUUCCACAAAACACAAAGGAAGAUAGCCAGGGCGAUACGGAUUCCCAGCAUGAGAGCAUCACUCCAUGCAAACCACGUUUGGAGUCUGAAAAGUCGAAUAGUGUUUCACCGAAAGAUAGAAAAGGCAGAAGUAGUAAGAGUAGAAAUCUGAGCUCAUCGAGUGAGUUGUCUUCUGGUGAAGCCGACGAUGAAAUGGAAGAUGAUGUAGUGAACAAAAAUAAAUUGCUCACAUCAUCUUCAAGAGAUUUUGUCCCACGAGAUAUCCAGCUCGAAAAUGAGACAAAAGAGGGCAAUAGCAAGGGACCUGAAAAUAGCCCAAAGGAUACUGAAACGGUACAUGAGCAACAGCAGACAUUUCACGAGAGCGAUGAACCAGCACCAGAACCAAUUGCAACAUGUUGUGAAGAUCCUGGAACGGAAACGGAUAACAGUGCGAUAGAAGAAGCACAGGAUCAUGCAACUGGAAACACUACAAAGAAUGAUGAGCAUUCAACAGAAUUGAAACCUGGAGAACCCGACGACGAACUGCCGCCUAAAAAGCAAGAAAUAACUCCUGAAGCGGUAACUUUGUGUGAACCUAACGAAAUUGUUGAAAAUGAUGGUGAUAGCAUAGAGGAAACGAUGCCGUCGGAAGCGUGUUUUCGGCAAACUCAAGAGGAAGCCACUCCUAUCACCGGUUACAAGGCGAGUGCUGAACUUAAACCAAUCCCUACUAGCACGGAUGAAGUUUUCUCAAAUGCUAGUAUUGAUAAUGGCUCAGUCAAUAAGAACGAAAAUGAGCCAACGCCUGCAACGGAAAAUACGCAAGUAGUUGAGAAAAGUUCAAUUUCUAGCCCAGAAAAAAGUUUAUUAAAACAAACCAUGUCUUCUUGUGCAGAUCUGAAAACGGAAGAUGUGAUUGUAGAGAACCAAUCGACGGUCGGCUCUCUGAGUACAACAUGUAAUAACGAUUCACCAGCUGAGCCAGCGAAAGAAUUCUCACACAACGAAAAGAAAGAAGAAAAAUCCGAUAUCCCUACUGAGCUUAGCGAGAAAAUAUCUGUUAUUACGGAGUCUAAACCGGGUUCUGAGAGUGGGCUGGUCAGCGAAAAGGUAGAAAUAGACACAAAGCAAACCGAACCACUAACGAGCAUGGAAAGCGCAGAUGUAACGCUGGAGAAAAAUAUUGAUGUCUCGACAAGUCCUGCAAAAGAACCCCAACAACAGGUAAACAUGUUUUUUCAUUCCCUAAGUUCAAACUCGGAGGCGGGAAACAGUGGUAGUAGUAGUAGCAAAAGUGGUAAUACGGCGAGUGUGUUGAAAAUAAAUGAAAAUUAUGACAAAAACAUAGAAUCUCGAAGGCCUAAAAUUAUAGUCGAUGUUAAAUCAACCAGUGAAAAUCAACAGAAAGAACUUAAAAGUGAACAUUCCACAUAUGAUCUUACAGAAAGUAAAAUGUUAAGUCAGUCAUCGAGUGAACCUACUAUUAAAACUGAUGUGGAAGAAAAGGGAUCUGCGUCGGAUAACAUGGCAAGUGUCAGUACAAUAGAAGCGGCAGGAUCGCAUAAAAAGAAGUUCAUAAAAAAUGCAGCAGAGGAAGCUAAUAAACAAUUUGCAGCGGAAGCGCAACAGUCCAAAGAAAAAUCCGUUAUACAACAAUAUGAUGAUGUAAAAUGUUUCAGCAUGUCAUCUACUGUAACGUCUACUCCACCAGAGUCUACUAACUUACGGGAUGAGCAAGAGACCUCAGCUAUUAAGCCAGUGGACAUAAAAAAGGAACCUUGUCCAGCGAAGUUCCCAAAAAAUGACAUGACUUGUCAGGUACAACAGCUUACCCACAUAGGUACGGACAAAACUAAAACUCCUGAGUCUACGAAAUCUACGGGCAUCAUCGACAGUCAGGCAAUUUAUGACGCUGUUCAAAAGGUAUGCGUGGAACCGAAAAAAAUAAAAGAUAAAUGUGCUGGUGCCGAAGACCUAAAAAGGAGUAAAUCAGAUCUCAAGAAAACGCAAAACGCUCCAGUCAAAUCCGAAUUAAAAAACGAUACCAAAACCAGAGCCGACCCGGAAAGUACCAAUUGUAGUAAUGUUCAGAGUUCCAAGAGGUCAGAAAGUAAUAAAAAAGAGUCUACAAAAAAUUCCCCUUUGGGAGUUGUAAGUAGCUGUGCAAAGAGUGGAUUUGGUUCAGAUCAACUGAAAUCGAACAUACAGCAACAAGAGAAUAACAAAAUGAGCGGAGGCGCUGCGAUUAGUAAUUCAAGGUCAGAGAAAUAUUCCGCAAAGCACAGUAUUCACGACGCUAAGACAAUUGAUUUAAACAAAAUCACUCCUCAAUUCCCUCCUAUCAAUCAGUUGCCCAACUAUCAUACGACAUCCCAAUAUUGGCAAUUAGAACCAUACUACCAAAGUUACAACCUGUCUCAUCUGGAUGCUACUAACCAAAAGUCACCCAACAAAUUUCAUCUAGAUCUAGCUACGUCAAUGGCCUAUGGAAGUUUCUCUUCUAAUUUGUACCAAACGGCUUUUCAACAACACCAAGAACAGCAAUAUCAACAGCAUCAACAAUCAUAUCAAGCCAAGGAACGUUCGAAUCAGCGAGCAGAUAAGAAAAGUCAAUCAAAUCAAACAACGACCAGCAAUAAUGUCGAUGUCAGUAAGCACAACAAAAAUUCGAAAACUGCAGAUGACCAAAAGUAUAACAAAAGUACAAGCAGCGGCAGUGAGCAUCAAGUGCAACAGCAUAUUUCUGGAGUCAACAUGACGGUCAAUGUGGAAGGGAGUUCGUGUGCCAAAUCGGGCAGUUCUGCGCAGUAUUCGAGUCAUAACUCUAUGAAAGGAAGUUCCAAAAUCAAAAUGGAAAACAAAGGAAACGAAAAUUGUAUGAUUAGCAAAUCGAAUCUUGCACAACAAAACCAACAGCCUGCUCAUACAAAUGCGUCCCAUCAGUCUGCGUCGUGUCAGAUGUUGGCCAUGCAGCAACAUCAACAGCAGCAACAACAGCAGCAACAGGCACAUCACAACCAGCAAGCUUUAAACAAAAGUAUUCAACAACAAAUAGUUUCCAACAAAGGUAGUUAUACUAACGAGGAGUUGAACCAUCAAGAAACCACCAACAGUGGUUCAAACAUGUCGGCAACAGAUCUAAAACAGAGUGGAACCAGCCAAGAAGUGCAAUCUAUCGGUGUGUAUACGCCCGAUUCGACGACGAAUUCCGUUCACAGUUUGCAUCAAUACGGACAAUGUGAUUUAGAUGCUCAACUGGGCUUGGAAUCUCCAGCAAGCAUAUCGAGUGAUAUGACAGCUCAAAAUUCGGUUGAAAGUAUAAGACCAUCCAGUGUUGCACCACAUCAAGUCAAUCAAUACUCGGAUUGUUCUAUUCAGCAGCAGCAGCAUCAAACACAAAUGCAACAACAGAUGCAGAAUAUGCAUGCCCACGUACCCGCAUCUAGUCCGCAGCAGCAAUCGAUGGCAAUAAUCAACAAUAACCCAAACAUUGACAAUUCCAACAGUGGGGGAAGUCGCGGUAAGGUUCAACAGCAACAACUACAAAACCAAAACCCUCGUAAUACAAGCACAAAUCGGUCAUCGACUCCUAAAGUUAGUAGAAAUACAGCAACGCCUGUGAAUAAUCAUCAACAACAACAGCGACAUCACAAUCGGGCGACACCACCAAUAGGUAGUGCAAUCCAACCCUUAACAAGUCCAGGACUUCAUCAUCAACAAACUCAACAACAGCCCAUGCAGCAACAAAAUGUUUCUCAGCAACAGCAACAACAACAGCAUCAACAUCAGUUGGCUCUGCAACAGCAGAUGCAUCAAUCGUAUGGACACAUUACGGGAUCAACACUUAAUCACCAGAACCACUCACAAAAUAUGCAUCAAUCAGGUUAUAUCACAUCACAAUUAGGAAUCUCUAGUCAAGCCUAUCCCCAAUCGCCAACAUCCUAUGGAAGUGUCCCGAUGACGACCGUAAUCCAGCAUCGAAUGUCUGGUAGCCAUACAAGCCUUGCAACACCGAAUAGCCUUCAUAGUCCUCAUCAACGUUUGGGACCGUCGCCUUCUUCUUGUGCAGUAUCGUCGGCCAAUAAUUUCUAUAUACAAACCGGUAAUGUGAGCCACCCACAGUCGCAUACGCCCAUACCGGCACCUACCCCAACACCAACACCAACACCUACUCCUACACCACAAAUGGACAAUUCCUGCCAGGCCGGCAACAUCCAAGGCACUGUCAGCCAAGGUAAUGUGAUACAGGGUUCCUUGUCUUGUUUGACAAAGUUGCAACAGCUCACUACAAGUGUGGAUAUGGUAGGAUCCUCAUGCAACACACCGCCAGCAGGAGCAGUUAACAUUACCCCUCCUCCGAAUCAUCAUUCCCAUGUCGGUGGAUCGAUAACGCCAUCUCCAUCUUCGCACAUGUCCAAUCAGAAUGCAGUGCGUAAUAUUUCCACACCGCCAGCAUCCAUUCAAACUCAGAUGCCAUCAUUGAACUACCACAAAUACUAUACGGGAUCGCAGAAUAGCGGAGGUCGCUUGGCGCGAAAUACUGCAUCCGCUCCUAUUCAGCACAUGAGCAAUAGUACAAGCCGAGUUAGUCCCAAUGUUGCAAUAAAUCCUAAUCUAAUGUCACCGUAUAGUACAUUGAACACGUAUCGCAUGUCCGCAGCUCAGCCGUCAUCCACCGGAGGAUACAUCACCAAUCCCGCAGCAGGUUUCAUCAACAAUGCCACACAAAUUCCCGUUCAGAUGGGGGUAAUGAACAUGCAAUCACAGUAUCAGGACCCAUCGGCUAUUCAACGAGCGCAACAAAAUUCCAUGUACCCCGCCUAUUCGCCCUAUCUUCCAGCUAUGCGGCGGUAGAAAAUGAAUCAAUUCACAUUCGCUAACAGUUAAUUGUUUGGUGCCUCGUUAAUUAUAUAAUUAUAUAUUAAAUAAGUUGAAUUUUGAUUUUGCAUACAACUAUGUAGGGUGAGUGUACCAGUUAUGGCCAUAGUAAUUCUCUAUAAAGCCAUAAUGGAAACUAAGAAAGUUUUCAAGCUUUAACCUUUUAUGGGAGUUUAAGUAUCUGGUUAUUAGAACUCUUAAAAUGAUGCAACAUUUUGAAUUAUCUCAAAUAUCCACAUGUCCAAAUAGGGAACCACUAUGGCGAUAACUGGUGCACUCAAACUUGGUGGCCCAGGAUUGGGAGAAAUGCGAACAACAUAUGUUUAUUUUUGCUAUAUGUUUCAAUUGCAGAUUACCGAAAACCAUUUGCGUUUACGAGAAAAGUGGUUGAAUAAAAGCUAUUGCAAAUUGGUAUUUUUUUCGAAACCAACAAAAACUAGUUUUGAAUCAAUAGUAUUUUGAUUGUUUAUCAAUAGUUCCGAUUAAAACAAGUACCUAGUUGGAAGAUGGGUUUAUCUAAACCCAACUCUAAAAAAACUAUUGUUUCAUGUUUAUCUAAUUCCGUUUGUCUCGUGAUGGUGCUCUAGAGCAAUCAUGGGAAGUAGAGGGUUAAAUCGUGAUUAUGUAAUUGCAAUUACUUCGACAGAAGCUAAUCCCUGGGGGCAAAUCGGUGCAUCAAGAAUCCGCGAAUCAAAUUGAUAUAUCAUCAUAACCUAUAGCUUAAUUAGGUUAAAAGGUGAAAUGUCGAUUCCAUUUUAGCAUUACUAUUCAAAAUUUCAUAGAACUGUUAAAAACCAAAAAUGCUAAAAAUGCUGGUCCAAUGAAUUAUUUUUGACUUGAGAAUCGCUAUAAAUGUCAAAAAUGGGACGUUACACGGAUUACCCAUGUUCUGUCUUCUGCAAUUUUUAUUUAGAAUAAUGCUAAAUGGAAUUAUGCCAAACGUUUGCCCAUUUAGUUUUUUAAAAUUUAUGACGAAAUUAUGACAUAUUGUCGAAUAAGAAACAGUGAAUGGUUUUUGGUAAAAUGCAAAUGCAUACAUGUUUCCCAACAUAAUGUAAUGUAAUAAUUGUUCAUCUUAUUUUGUAUUGUUUUUGAUUUUCCAUGUUUGUCACGAAUUACACCCAUUCGUUAGCUAUUUGCGCUUUGAUUAUUUUCUCCAGCAGCACAAGUGUGAUUGAUCUCAAAAUUUUAACCCCGCGGACAGUCCCUUAUUUGGGAACAUCGUUAUAUUAAUUGAAGCUACAUCUGCUGAGAUAUUUUAGUAUGAAGUAUUCCCAGAUGCAACCUGCCUCGUUCUUGUUUACUUGCGAAUGAAACCGCGACUUGAAAAGUUAACAGCGUUUUAUUCGCUGCCCGAAUUAUAUAAAGUCGGCAUAAGCCGUUUGAAAUAACUGUCGUUACGCUUGUAACAUAAUUAUAAUGAAAAAUACAGCUUUACAAAUAACCUUUAAGAGUAAAUUAGCACAGCUUAUAUCAAAUAAAGUAGCGAGCCACUUGGGCAAUGACCGAUAUUUCGGGCAUUCUUCGCUAAGACUCACUCAAUUCCAAACCAAUUGACUUCAAAUUUUAUACACGGCUAGACACUAUAGGGUGGGGCAGGAUGGGUCACCUAAGGAUGGAUCACCAUAACUUUGUAAAUACAAAUCGUAUUGGUUUGUAUUCAUCCGCUACUCUUUAAUACACUAGUAAGCUAUGCUAAAAGUCGAUAAAAAAGUUCAUUAAAUACAAAAUAUGAUGUUAAACAGGCAGUUUUAAAAAAGUGAUUGAUUUUGCGAAGUGAAAAAAGUGAGGGUUAAGAUGGGUCACCUUUUAAGUAAUUUACAUUUUCUCAACGAAAAACGUCAAAAUAUAAGAUUUGUUCCGCAUUCAUAUAUGCUCCGCUCCAUAUCAAUACUGAGUAAACAAGAGCUGCUAGUAAACAUUUUAUAAAUUUAUUUGGAAUAUAAAAAACUUAACGAUUUGAGUUGCCAUAAGGCGAUUUGAAAAUCGAUGUUUUCAUUGAAAAAUUAUCAUAAUUUUAUGUUAUAAUUUUAAGCGUUCAUUCCGCUUGAUUGAAAUUAUUUAUGAGAUAGUUUUGUAUUAAAAAAUAAAUAACUUUUGAAUGCUCCAAAAAUACGUUCAAAAUUGAAGGUGACCCAUCUUGCCCCGCGGCCGUUUGUAUGGAGAUAUGGAAUGUAUCGCAUAAAAAAAUAGCUAAAAACCAUUUUAUUUUUUUAUUUCCAAUGAGAGUGAAAAAUUUUUCAAUCAAUGCCCCAAACUUUUGUAUAUUCAUGCUGGUCAUCUAACAAAAUUAUUAACAUAAUCAAAACAUGAGUAAUGCGCCCGAAAAUGGCACUGAUCCAUCUUGCCCCGCUCCACCCUACGUAUCUCACCGCAUUCCAAAAAUUGUGUCAAUUGGCUGAAUUCUAGCAGGAAAGUGCCCAAAAUACGACCCUGCCGAGAUGGUUCCACUUCUUUAGUGUUGUGUCACUGACAAAAAGGUUUUACUUCAAGUCGGGCUCUCUUCGUAUUUGCGCCAGUAAAAUCAAAAUGCAAAUGUAAUCUUACUGAUAGGAUUUUGGGCGAUAGUAUACAAGAAUAGAGAUGAAUUUACUUGUACAAUUUAUACUAAUAUCAGUUGAUACAAAAAGUGUACUGUAAAAAAUGAAAAACCCUGUUUUGUAAAAAUAAAUAUUAGGGCUGUUAAUGUAAAUGUUAAAUUUUUAAGAAACAAUUAUUAUCUAAGCGUAUGAAAUACUGAAAAGGUAUGAUUGUAGCAGGUAUGAGUACAGAAAUACAAAUGUAUUUAUUUCGGAACUUUAUUGUUUCAAUUUUGUUGACAAUUGUAACGGUUUGCUCGAUAAGAAUAUUAAAGCUAUACAUAAAUUUUUCA